CAGCAGCCGCUCAAAUAACGAAUCAGACGCGGCGCAACGAGACGAGACCUGAAGUGAGAGCAGCAGAACGAACCACCAGCACUGCACACACACAGAGAGAGAGAGACGUGCCAGUGCCAAAGCCAAAGCCAGGACCGGUGCCGUAGCGACUUUGCACCGGCGUCAACGCUCCCGUCCGCAGCCUUCCCCGUUUUUUGGAGAGAUCCGCGGAAAAGGGCCGUGCGUAAAAGUUGCGCGGCCGGUGCGUGUGCCAUCGCCGAGGAAGGGGCAGUGUUUUGGAUUUCCAGAGCCUAUCACCGCGUCUUUGUUGCCGGAUGGAGGACGCACGGUUGGCUCGCUGAGAACACGCCACAUGUCUCACGAUAUUAUGGAUAUUCACCGGCUCUAGCGCGAACCAAUUUUUUUUAUUUUGUUUCACCACGAGAGUCUGUUUUGUUUUGCAUCCACGAGAUUUUUGUUUUUGUUUCCACUAUUAUUAUUUUUUUCUGGAGCGACCUGCUGAAAUUUGAACGCCAUCGAGAGGAAUACAAUCAUGAACUUUGUUGUUAGUUUGGUACAAAUCCUCUUGGCUGCGGUUUUACAUCUCUCCACUGUUAAGGGUGCCAGCAUUAGCGCGAUGGAGAAGAGCAAAAACGAAGUGGUGCCCUUCCUGGAAGUGCUGAUGAAGAGUGAAUGUAAACCCCGGGACACGCUGGUGGACGUGUACGUGGAGCACCCAGGAGACACGGAGUUCAUCUACAUCCCGUCGUGUGUGGUGUUGUCGCGCUGCGGGGGCUGCUGCCAGGACGAGGCCAUGGAGUGUGUGCCCACCCAGACAAAAAACGUCACGCUCCAGGUAAUGCGGUCGAGACCAAUGGUAUCGCAGCACACUCUAGAGCUAAAGUUCACGGAGCAUACGCAGUGUGCAUGCAGAGAAAAGCAAGGGUUAUCAACAGCAAAGAAACAAUACCAGUGUGCGCCUUGCUCCGAGCGGAGGAAGCGCCUGUACAUUCAGGACCCUCUCACCUGUACAUGCUCCUGCAAAUACUCUCACUUAGACUGCACGGCCAGAAAGCUCGAGCUAAACGAGCGGACAUGCAGAUGCGAGCGGCCGCGGAGGUGAGACAGAGACACUGUUUUGAAGGAAAUCUGCUACAGCACUUUGAACCGAGGAUCAUUCCUACAGGACUCCAAACAACGUGCAAGGAAAGGACUUGCAGUUCAUCGACAACGUGUAUGCUGCUAUGUAACAGACCUUUUAAUUUUAUUAUUUAUGGCAACGAAUGCGCCGCCGGGCGUGUGAUCGAAAGCAGUACAGGACUCGAAAGAGAAAAUAGACUUAUAUAUAUAUUUGAACCUUCACUGGAUGCUGGUCUGCUGUGGAAGAAACACAUUAUUUUUCGUAAAACUGAUCACGCUUCACGGAGAAACGCAAACGAAAGAUGGACUAUUGAGUCUCGACGCAGUGAAGCGCAUGUACUUGAACUGAAGGUGGGUCCCGAGGCGCCCGUCAGUCAUGCCUCAGGGCUGGAGGUGGCUGCUCUGAUGGAGAUGAUAAUGUGAAGAUGAAGUUUUUCCCAAAGGCGCGGCACAAGGACGAGGUGAGAGGAGGAGGAGGAGGAGGCUGUUUCCAAUGCAGCGGGGACUCUCUGUGAAUUUAAUAAAGCAACGUUAGACUAAAUCAGCUGCUAAAAAAGCCCAAAAUUGAUUAAAUGGUACCACUUUUUUUAUUGCAAUACUGUGAGCGGGCUUGCAUCUCCACAAACAUGACUCUUAAUGCUGUUUCUUUGGCGAUAACCUUCCGCAAUCUGGCUUCAAACGUUUUGAUCUCCAUGGGGAAUGUUCCAAAGUGUGGGUUUAACUUUUUAUUUUCCAUGGAUUCAAGCAGAAUCAUGAACCUCUUCAGGAAGUUACACAGUCGCCACGUUUACAUGAGAGCUUUAAUUCCGAAUAAAAAUAAUUUAAUUCUGAAUAAAAAUGUAUUCCACUUUAAAAAGACCAUGUAAACGCUCAAUUCCAAAUAAAAAUGAUUAUUCAGAAUUAAACUUAAUUCCGAAGUAAGUGGGUGGUCUAUUCAGAUUUUAAAGCCGAAUUAAUUUAUUCCUAAACGUUUAUUCUUCUUAAAAAUAAUUCCGAUCGUUCAGCGCAUGAUCGUUGGGUCGCACUUCGAUCCGGACUUGCGAGUGGGAGCUGAACAGAAGAUGCAAAAGUGGCGACGCGUUUUCACUUUUUAUUCCGCGUUUAGAGCGGAAAUCUGCGUGCAUACGGUGACGCAUUCGAUCAGGUAUGCACGCCAAGUUUCCGUGUACUGUAUGUAUGUGACGUAAACACGUAUGAGAUGUGAGCAGAUCUGACCAGAGUUUUGCGUCUUGGGCAGUGUCGACGGAAACGUUACGGCGACGCGUAUUCAACAACUUUUCCCUUCACUCUGGAGGGUGAUUUCAGAUUUUUGUGUUUUUAUGCCCCAAAAACACCGUCACCUAUUAAACGAAAGACACUUCCGAUAAAAUAUUUAGUCGUUUUUAUCUGAAUUCUCCAGCUACUGCUCAAGUAUCAUCGAAACCACUGUGGAAAAAGUUUGGAUCAUGUUCAAUCCUUGGCGUAACGACAAACCGAGCUGACAAAAAAAACCAAAAAACAGUAGCAGCUGAAGUGUGUCGCCGUAAAUACGCUCGUGUCUCUGUCCAAUCAGAGCCCUUCCCGACCUCCAGACGUCGAGCGGAAUUAAAUAAAGGCGAUUUAACGCGUUGUCCUCAAUUCGGAAUUAUUAUUUCCAUGUCAUUCUGAACAAUUUUAUUCAGAAAACACCAUGUAAACGUGGCCAGGGUGUCUUUAAAAAUCAGAAACCAUUUUGUGGACUCAAUUUCCAAGGAAUCAACAGCAGAACAAAGAAAAAUGCACACAAAAAAAAAAAUCAAUCUUAGCUCACCGUGAUUGGUCAAAACCACCUGUCACUCAACAUCCUCCACGCUGCAUUUCUAACGACUUCCUCCUCAAGCCCCGCCUCCUCUUUGUGACUCCGCCCAAUCAGGAAGAACAGAUGUGUUUGAGUUUCUUUGCAUUUUUUGUUGUUUUUUUUCAGACCAGGGUGUUUAAAGGGAUUCGACUGUAGGUAUAUACGGAGACUAGACGAGCCGAUCCCGACGGGCGAUCGGCUACGAAAAGAAAAAAACUUCCCAUUUUUAUUUAAACACUUCCAAAGACAAACGACCUGUAUAUACUUACUCGGGAUCCCGCGUACACUACAUUUAUUUAUAGACAGUAUUGUUCAUAUUUAUAUUCAGUGUUAAAUUUAUUUGUCCUCCACUUUUGAUCCGAACCGUCAGCCGCCAUUUUGACUGAAAUGUUUGACACAUUCCUGAUGCUUUUAAUGUCGCGGUUGGGCACUGCGAAAGACGCGACGCGAUGUUCGUUAAAAUGGUGGUGAAAAUUCAGAAUGUUCAUCUUGGUUUGAGGAGAUUUAACGAGAUUCGUGAGUGGAUCGGUGAAGAAUUUUGAAAACAUUUGGACAGGUUUCUUUUGUUUUUUUUGUUUUUAAAUCAUACUUUUUUAUUUAUUUGUAUUUAUUUUGGCGACAAUUCAUGUAAUGUCUCCCUUUAGGUGUUACCGUAGACUGUAUUUAUAAAUGGAUAAAUUGGAAGUGAGCAUGAGCGCGCUUCCGGCUCCAUCGACUCUGGCUCCAGUUCACUUUUUAUUGAAAUUCUAUUGAGCUGCCGCAGUUGUCAGGUUUUAAAAUGUUCGUUUUAACUUUCGUGAUGAGAGAAUUCUCCAGCUGCUGCGCAAUUAUCAUCGGAACCACUGCGAAAAAAAAGUUUGGAUCAUGUUUGUGUCCGUGGCGUAAUGACAAACCAGAUGACAGAAAAGCUGAUAGUAGCUGAAGUGUGUGUUUUUUUUCCCGUCGACGUAAAUACGUUCGUGACUCUGUCCAAUCAGAACCCUUCCUGACCUCCAGACAUUCAGCGGAAUUAUGGCCCCUUCCACACUAGUACAUACUUGAGUCGUUUUCGUUGCGGAUGAAUUCCGCCGCACUAAUCCGAUGGAAAACGGCUCCAGAGACGGAACAAUCUGGUGCCGCCAGCUCCCACGAAUGUAUCUGAGUACAGAGCUGAUCCGGCACCGUGUGGACGCCUGAAAAUGUCGAUACGCUGACGUCGGAGCUCUAGUUGUGCUCUUAUUGGACCACGUCACUGUGAGUUGCUCCUUCCCGAUUCUCUGGGUUCGUGACAUCAGCAAUGUUGUGGAAAACAGUUUAAACAAACCAGAGACAAACGGGAAACAGCGGAGCUACAACUACUCGCUAGAACACGGUCCACGAAAAGACUUGCCAUCUUCCUUGGGUCGAAAUCGGCUGCCGCAACUUACUCGUGUUUCUCGUGUUUCUCUAGUUCUAUUUGUACGACCUGCAGACGUAUAAUCUCUAAAAAGAUUAACACGAACCAUCUCCAACGCGACAGAAACACAGAACGGACUCAUUUCAGCAGAACACCCCUCUGUCACAGAAAGAACACUCAUUCCACCGAGUCGUGUCCUUUAGUCCGACAGAAGCUGAACCGCAAACCAAACGUUAAACAAAACAUCUUAAAAUCCAGCGUUACGUUCGGUAAAAGCUGAACCUUGUCGUCGUCCACGAAAAGACUCGAAAUCGGCUACUGCGAUCACGGACAUAGAAACGACGUGUCUGGACGCAGAUCUUUUCCGGUGAUUUGUUUUAGUGUAAACGUGACCUAAAUAAAGCCGAUUUUUUGUGCGUUUUCCAUGUAAACCUCAAUUCCGAAUGAUUAUUUCCAUGAGAACUCAGAGAAUAUUUUAUUUCCAAACUAUUUAAUUCAGUCACGUGUUAAAAUGUUCGUGUUAAUCUUCCUUUUUAUUUCGCAACGUUGUCCGUAAAUCAAUUCCCGUUCCAAAUUGAGCUUCUUCUUUCGCCUGAAGCCAAACUCUACUCUCUCUAAGUCCAUUUUUAUAUACAGUCUACGGGUAGAACUCGCAAAUAAUGAAGGUAGUUUCUCGUACUUUUGACUUUACGGGCGAAAUGUUCAAAACAAGUUCAGAAUUCAACCGGUGGAACUGACGUAGAUGUUUUUUUUGUUUGUUUUUGCAGUGUGGGGCAGCCGUAGGUGGGGGAAAAGGGGGGAAUGACCGAUAGAUACCCCGGCUGUGAUGCCCCGGGGCAGGUGGGAGGGGCAGGCCGGGUCAGCGUGAGAAAACUGGACAUGUGGUUUUGCACUUAAGGCCCAAGAGGAGGACUACACUGUAAAAAAAAACAAAAAACGUUACUUGAAUUCUGAAUCUUGAUUUGAGUAAUAUCGACUUUUAUCUGACUUGACGCCUUAAUAUUUGAUACUUUGCUCGAUUUGACGCAAUUUAUGAAGACCGAUUUUGAGUUUUUCAAUAAUCAAGUGACUACGUACACACUUUUGGACUUUGGUUUUAGUCCUUUUCUAGUCCUGGUUUAGUUCCGCGUCCAUCGAGGCUACUAAAAAAAAUCUACUCAAAUCAAGAUAUUUUUCUGAAUUCAACAGUUUGUAGUUUUUUUUUUGGCAGUGCAAAGCUGGUCUUGUGCCCAAAUUUGGUGUAAGACUUGGGCUCGAAGUGAGAGGGAGGCAACGGGACUUCUCUGUUUAAUAUAAACAAAACUAAAUAAUACAAAAAAAUACAAUGAAAUCACCACUAUUUAAACUCAUUUUCAGGUGCAACUGUUACAGAAAAGGACCUAUAUAACCACAACAUGAAGUAAUGGAGUAGUUUUAGGUUUAGUGUUCAGAAAAAAAUCGCAACAUUAUGAACACGAUUUUGGGAUUUAUUUUAGUGAGUAAAAAAAAGAAAAAGUCACUAAUGCAUUUUACCUCAUACGUAUGCAGUGGUUUUACCUGUGGAGCUUUAGUUUAGUCCUGCUUCAGUCCUGGUCCAGGUCUGGGUCAGUCUUAGACCAGACUUUGUCCAGUCCUGGUCGAAUCCUGGUUUGGUCUUGAUUCAGUCUGAGUCCAGUCCUGGUCCAGGCCUCGUUUAGUCGUGGUUUAGCUUUUGUUUUAGUCCUGGUUUAGUUUUGGUUCAAACCUGGUCCAGUCCUGGUCCACUUCUGGUCCAGUCCUGGUCCAAUCCUCUUUUAACAAUUUUUUUUAGUCCUGGUUUAGUCCUGGUCUAGCUUGGGUUUAGUCCUGGUCGAGUCCUGGUUUAGAUCUGGUCCAGUCCUGGUUUAGGUCUGGUUCAAUCAUGGUCCAGUCUUGGUCCAGUCCUGGUCCAGUCGUGGCUCAGUCCUGGUCCAGUCCUGGUUUAGUCCUGUUUUAGUCCUGGUUCAAUCAUGGUCCAGUCCUGGUCCAGUCGUGGUCAAGUCUUGAUCGAAUCCUGGUUUAGUCCUGGCCCAGUCCUGGCUCAAUCAUGGUCCAGUUCUGGUCCAGUCCUGGUUUAGUCCUGGUCCAAUCAUGGUCCAGUCCUGGUUUAGUCUCUGCUUUAACCAUUGUUUUAGUCCUGGUCCAGUCUUGGUCCAGUCCUGGCUCAGUCCUGGUCCAGACCUGGUUUAGUCCUGGUUUAGUCCUGGUUUAGUCGUGUACAGAGAGACCCUUGCCCCCUGUCCGGAGCCUGGUUCACUGUGAUCACUCCCGACCAGAACAUUCUGAUGUAUUUAAGACUUUUAUUGUACAGCCAUUUUGUUAGUCUAAUAAUAUAUAUUUAUUGGUAAGAUUCUAUGUUAUGUUUUUUUUUUUUUUUUUUUUUUUCAACAUUAACAUCUUUAGUGUAAUAAUAAUAAAAACAUAUUUAUUUAAUAUA